AUGCCGCGCCGCAACCCAUUAUGGCUUCGUCUACCCGGAUCAUCCUCCCCAUCAUCCUCAUCUACUACCGAGGAGCUCCGAUUGGCAGCUCUUUCCCCGUAUAACAACCCAAAUGAUGAGACCUCAUCUAUCCCAGAUUCCAUGGAACAUUCUCCAGCGAAGACUUCAGAUGAUGGAAGUGAGAUUUCGAGAAAUAACUUCAACUCUCCGACCAGCUCGCCAUCCCGUUCUCCGAACAAGAAAGUGUCAUGGUCCCUAUUCGACCAGGUUUCCCUGUCUGGAGAGGAAUUUCUACUUCCUCGACGCUUUGAAGCGAUUGAGUUGAUUCCUGGAACCAGCACCCGAACCACAUGUGCCUCCUGCUCUGCCACUGAUCUUCUCGAGAGUGAACAUGUCACAAUUCGAAAGAUUUCGCUUCAAGACCCAGCUACAGCCCGGAAGGAGUACCGGAAUAUCAUUCUUUGCCGUCUUCUCCCCCACCCAAAUAUUCUUCCGAUUUCUGAAGCUUACGAGGUGGAUACCACGCUGUAUACGGUAUCGGAACAAAUGGAUGGAAGGCUUAGCGAUAUUGUCGAGGAGCGAUUGACCCAUUUCGUUGUGGCUAAGAUUACCCAUCAAGUGUUGGCUGCGGUGGCUAUGAUGCAUCAAAAUGGAAUCGCGCAUGGGGAUCUCACGCUCAACACGAUUUAUGUCAACACCGACGCGGAACUUCGUCUCUCCUCCUAUGGAAAAAGCGAUGACUCGUCGGAGCACCUAGAGGCAAGAUUUCGAGAUGACCUACUCUCCAUUGGAGCCAUUGUCUCGCGUUUUUUGAUGAACGAAGAGGAAAUGUUCAAGUUUUCCAAGUCCAGAAAUCCCAAAGAUAUCGAUUGGCGAAUUGUGUUGGAGGGGAGCAGUGAUUCGGGACUUUUAGACUUCAACGCUCGCUCUCUGCUUUUCCAGCUUCUCGAAGGCCGCCAAACCGCCCGUGAUCUUCUCCGUCACCCCUAUUUCAAGUCUUUCCGUGCCCCACAACACCAAACUGUCGAGAGAAAACACACUGUUGUUGGGCAAAAGACUUCCGAUGAGGUUUUAGAUAAACUGCGCGAAGAGCUGCAACGAUUCAACCCAUUCAACAUGUCCGAGAUUAUGCUGUAA